AUGGCCAAAAUGGAGGAGUCUUCCAAAUACCGAGUGAACAAAAUAAAGGACUUGGAAACGCCAACCACUACCAUCCUCACCAAUGACAUACAACCGGAAUAUAUCAACAUGGAGUUGCUUCGGAAGAUUGAGAUUAAUAAUUUUAUCCUGAACUGUCCACUACAGGAGGUAUACAAAAACUUGGAGGUAUAUGAAAAAGCGAAAGAAUAUUUUUCAAGACAUGAAGGAAAAAAGAGCAAAUCCUACCUGCACAGUUUCUCCGACUUUGACAACAGCUACAGAUACAUGAACGUGAGAAAUGUUUUGACAAAUAAUUUUUCAAUAAAUAUUAACAAAAACAUAACGAUGAAACAGAGUAACCACACGAUAAUAUUUUCCAUAGACGACUUUUGCAGAUGUGUCCAUAUUUUUGAGCCAGACAUUUUCUGCAUCCCAUCGGAGGAGAUAAAAAUAAAUGAAGAGGUGGGAAAGAAGAAAAAAGUACGAAUAAUAACACUAAUGGAUGAAUUCUUAAAAAAAAUAAAAAAUGUCAAGGAAAACCAAGUGAGUGGAGACUCCGUUUGUAUUGUGACUAUACCAUCCACUAUUCAUUUUGAUAAAGGCACAAUAGAGGAAAUGUUAAAUAAGUACGAUACUCUUAUUGGGGGGUUCAUGCUAAGUGGAAUUGGUUACGACGAAUCGAAUGAAGAGAGGACCUCCCAUUUGAACACAAUUUUAGCGGUUCUACCGAAAGAAAAGUUGAAGCUUAUACAACUAAGUAUAGGUACACCCAUCGAAAUUUUACACUCCAUUUAUCACGGUAUAGACAUCAUUGAAUCUAACUUCCCCUACGAAUUGGCAAGAAAUGGAAAAGCUAUAAAUAUGCACAUAAAAAUGGAAUCAAUGGAAGAGAAAUGUACAAACAAAAUGCACGAUAUCAGACAUAUCAAUUUCCAGAAUAAAGAAAUUUUUAUUAUAAACUUAAAUGAUGAAAAAUAUGCUUUGGAUUAUUCCCCCAUAACCGAUAAUUCACCUAGAAAUGAAACCAAGUCUUAUGUACAUCAUUUGCUCAAGUGUCAGGAGCUCACCGCAAAUGUUAUUUUGUCCUACCACAAUUUAUACAUGUACAGCAUGUUUUUUCAAGAAAUUCGAACGCAAAUAAGAAGUGGUAAUUUUCUCAGUUACAUCAGCUGGUUCGUCCAGCGCCACCAACUGGGUUAG